AGGCGGGGCAUGACGCAUGUCGGGACUGUAUAAGCAGCAGCUCAAUGUGAAAUCUGUGGAUGUUUCACCACUGAAACUGCGCGAGGACACAGAGCGCGAGAGCCUUUGAUCAACCAGACCUCACAAACACACGCAGCACAACAACUCGGUGAUCAUCAUGGCACUGGAUGGAUGUGGCCUCUUCUGCAAAUACACCCUCGUUAUCUUCAACAUCAUCUUUGCGGUGGUGGGGUUCGUCUUCCUGGGCCUCGGCUUGUGGCUGAGGUUCAGCGACAGCACCCGACCCAUCUUCCAAGUGCAGGAACUCAACUCAAGUGCAUUUGUCAUGAUUGUGACGAUACUGAUAGCUCUGGGCUCAGUGAUGCUGAUUGUCGUGGUGUUCGGAGACUACGGCGCCUGCAACGAGAAGAGAUGUGCUCUGCAAGUGUUUUCGGCCCUUCUGUCCAUUCUAGCGUUAACUGAAGUUAUUGUUGGAGUGCUCGCCUACUCCAACAGGGAUGAGUUUGGCUUGACGAUCGCCGAGUUCUACACCAGUCUGUACGGUCUGUAUGUGACCAGAGGAGGAGACCCAUUCAUUGGUGCCGCUCUCACAUUCUUUCACAACACGCUUCACUGCUGUGGACUGACUGGAGUCAAGAUGGUUGAGGUGGUUCAAAAGACCUGUCCUGACCCAGCAGGGUUCUUUGAGCACUUCAAGAUGGACAGCUGUCCUGUGACCAUCGCAACGGUCUUAGACAGCAAAGCGUCACUGGUGAUGGGCCUCUUUGUUGGAACUGGAGCUCUUCUGUUCAUAGCUCUGAUUUGCAGCACAACUCUGAGCAAGAAGAUCCAUCAGGCCACCUCAUCAUCUCAGUACAUCAUCCUGACUCAAUCCACUCCAAACCUGGCCAAUCCUCAACCACCUCAGGUUGACGGAUUUGUCUCCACCUCCUACCCCUACCCCUACCCCUACCCCAACCAGGACCCGGUCGUCUUCACCCCUCUCUCUGUGGCCAACAUCCCUGUGGCUCAGUCUUAGUGCACUCCUGCUGGUUUUCACUCUCACUUUCAUGCUGCUCUUGAUUUUAUUCCACGACGCACUGUCAUUUAGUUUUUAUCCAUUCUCUUCACAUGCUGAACACGUUCAGCUCUUAGCUGCAUGGUCACUGCAGCGUGUCUUCAGCUCCCUUUAAAAGGAAAAAUCCACCCUAAAAACCUACAGCUCUAUCACAACACCACCAUAUCUACUGGAGCCGUUGUUUUUGGAGUAAAUACAUAUAUUCACACAGAUUUUCGGCCAAAUGCUGAUGUUCCACGACUUUCCAAGCACAGCUACAGUGGGGGAAAUGACCGCAGAAACAUUUUAAUCAGAGAGCAAUUACCUCUUAUUAAGCUAAUCAUUUUUGCACAUAUUUGUAACAACUUCUCCCCCACUAGCUGGAAAGCAAUGUUUGUUUUUGAUUUCCCACCAGUGAAGAAAGCAGCUUUUUUGCAGCCUAAUUUAUUUUAAUAUUUAAAGAAAUACUUCACCCUCAAAAUGACCAUUUGUGUAUCAAUUACCCAUCCCGUGUUUUGUCAAAUUUGUGAAGAGGAUUGGUUUCUUGCAUGCUUCCUGUGAACGAAUAAUCAAAACAUUGUGUCCAAAUAUCCAUUUACAAACUCCGAAAACUCAUGUAGCAUAAUCGAAGUCUCAUUUAUCCAGUCGUAUGCUCAGUGCUCCCCAAACAGACGGAGCUUUCUGACCAGAAACUGCGCUAAAAGUUUAAUUCAUCUAUGCUCUCGUCUCAGCCAGACUCCAUUGACAAAACAGUAAUUUUACACAGCUGAACACAGGAGCUGCUGAUCAACCACCGCAUUGAUCAGUUAGUUUGUUUGUGUUAUUGUGUGACUUUGGUAAAUUUCAACUAACACCAAAUAACACAAACAAACUAACUGAAAGAGGCAGCAGUAGACCAGCAGCUCCUGUGUUCAGUGAUGUACAAAUACAGUUUUUGUCAAUGGACUCUGGCUAUGAAGAGAGCACUUUCAGGUCAGUCCUCUGACAAAAAGAGCUGUCUGCUUGGGAAGUACUGAGCAUAGACUGUAAAAAUGUAGUCUCGCUCACCAGACCUUUCUCAAGAAAAGAAAGGUCUGGCUGGGCCGACUCUCACUUUAAGAUUGGAGGAAAAAAAACGCCCUGGCUGCUUGUAUUUCUUUCAACCAAUCACAAUCGUUCUUGGCGGUGCCACAGCAACGGUGCGCUUGCAAAAAUAUUGCCGGGGGGAAACAGGUUUUGGUGUAACACGCCCACAAAAAUAUCGCCUACAGGACGCGAACCAUGGUUGUGAAAAUGAGAGAGUUUUCAGUUUUUGGAUUCUUCUUUCACAGUGGAGUAAGGUUGCAACAGUGUGAGAACGGUGUGAGAAUUUUUCAGUAUGAGUCUCAGAAAAUAUUGCGGUUUCUAAAUAUCAUAUUACUGUAAUUGAAACCUGACAAAAAAUUUUAAUGUAAUUGUGUGUGAAAAGCCUCCCUUUUCAAAAUAACUAAAGGUGAGAUUCUCAGUCCUCUUGCAUUUUUUCAAUACUGUAGAUAAGCCAAUGUAUACUAUAUGGUAACUGUCAAAUUUCAUACUGCUGUAUACAGUGGAAUUUGUAUACCGCUGCAACCCUAUCAUGCCGGCAUUCAAAUUCAACGUAACAUGAGGUGUUAGUGAAGAUUCUCAGUCAUCCAGGUCAUGGAAAUCAUAAGUGCUGUAUCGUAGGCAGCUGGACUUACCUGAGAUUCUUGAAGACAUUUCGCCUCUCAUCCAAGAGGCUUCUUCAGUUCUAAUGACGCCGCACCAAAGGCGCGAAAUGUCCUCAAGAAACUCAAGCAAGUCCAGUUGCCUAUGAUAUAGGACUUAUAGAUAACAUGAGGUGAUUCAUUGAUAUACAAAUCGUCAUUUGGAGGGCGGCAUGGUAAUGCAGUAGCCUGGAAAUCCAGACCCAAAUCUAGAAAGAUUUAGGGUCUGGCUAUGAGUAAUGCAAAUGGCCCAACUCAAGGGGCGGCACCAAGCAUGCAUUUGAAAAUAUCACUGCACGCAAUUGGAUAACACUACGACCAAUCAGAACAAUACACAGGGUGACGUAUCCAGAGCGCUACCAGCGGAGCUAACUGGUAGAUUAGACUCUUGCCGUAUCCAGUCGGGAAAAAAGCAAAAACGUCCUUCUUGCGUCCGGACUUUGUCGUCACAGCGCUGUCGUCAUCUAUUUAGCUCGCCUCUGGCCCGCCUAUAUCAGAUACACCGAUGUGAUUGGUGCAGCUCGGCUCCAAGGGCAUGGGUAAUGAGCAUCAUUACUGAUCGCCAGAGUGACUCGCUGAGCAAAUUCAAAUUGUGCUCUCACGAGAACUCUGGAUUUCCAGGGUAGUAAUGCAGUGCAAAUAAAUGAAUGAAUGGUCAUUUGGAGGGUGAAGUAUUCCUUAAAUCUGUAUAUCUACAGUUAAAGAAUUCAUAUUCAGGGUUGGAUUUUUCCUUCAACUUGUUCCUCAUUAACCAUUUUGCCUUUUUAGUUCCACACGAGUUUCUUUGUGUAGCUGCAUGCAAAUUGGUAGCGUGGGCUGGUAUCUGUCUCACACUAACUCAUCCUGUGGCUGGUUUGAUCUUGGAGGUGAUGAAGGAGCAGAAAGCACGUUGGUCACCACACCGCUCUUUGUUGCAUCUCUGCACUUUACUUCCCCUCCUCCCUCUGUGUCUGCACGACAGAUUGUUGCCCUGGUCUGCGCCAGUAUCCUCCUGAAACAGACCAAGAGAGAGCAGCGGGAGACGACUGCGUACUAUUCCGCCGUGUACUAACAAGAGAACCCGGGUUUCAACCCUUAACCUCCCCCGACUCAUCAACGGAGACCAUUGCUGGAACUCAAGCUCAACCAGCGAAUAAAUGUGUACGGAUUUCUCUCUCUAUGUGAGCUACUGAUCACACCGACUUUAGAGCUGAGCUAGACUUUUAUAUUGCAUCCCAAAACAUCACACUGAUUAUAAUUUCAUUCAUUGUGAGCAGGAAAAAUACCUGCUUUGUUCAGAGCUGCUGACAACCAUCAAUAUUUGAGUUUAUAUUUUUAAAUAACCACGCAGUAACUCUUGGUGAAAUGGAUGUUGCUUAUAAUUAGCUAUCAUUCAUCGAGCUGGAAACUGUCACCGCUCGACAGCAGGCGCGUCGCAGCCUGACAGGCCUCUACAUCAUUGCAUACGAUAAGUAAUCUGAAGAUGAAAACACAUCCGUUUGAUACCAAACUCAUCAGGAUGAGUGUGAGAGACUUUUUGUUUAAACUUCUACACGUCUGUUACACAUUUCAGCGGUUCUGUUAAUAAGCACCAUAAUGACACUGCUGCUGUGUCGUGCCUUUGUCUGUUGAGUUAAAGACUCACUGAGCCAUCAGCAAAUAUCUCUGUUUGUGUUAGAAAUGUGUGUAUAAAUGCACAAGGGAUCAUUUUAUUUCAAAUCUACUUCAAGUGUUCAUUUCAGGCUACGUUAAACGAUACGUUUUACCACUUGAAACAGUAACAUCAUCACACCAGCUAUUUAGGAUGUCAGGACAGUUAGCUUCACUUUCUUGCCAUUUCUCUUUCAUUCUUUAGGAGGUGUAAUGAUAUAUUAGUACAAGUAAUUUAUCUGUUACUGUAACUUUGCAUUCCUUUUUAUUUUUUUAUUCAUGAUUAUACGUCCAGAGGACAUUCUUGGGUGUGACAGAAAUAUUCUGCAGGCUCUCCACAGGCAGCAGGUACUGUUUAAAGCUGUUAAACUGACUGUACAAACAUUGCCAAGCGGCAUGCUUCAGAGCUGUGACUCAUUAAAGUGCUGCCUUCCUGUUAAUGCUGGUUUGACACAAAAGGGAAACACAUUGCCAUUAACGAUCAUUUCUGUUAAACGUUUUCAUUCCCUCAUGUUCCUGCCAAAAGCUUGUGACCAAAUAGUUGUACGAUAAAUCCUCUGUUUAGAGAGGAUUGCUUGUUUUCUUUCUCUGUACCUUGUAGUACUAACUGUUGCAUUGCACUGUUUUGUUUUUAAAUAAAUAUUUUAUGGUGGGUUUCUCCCUGUUCUUCACAGA